AUGGUAAAUACAGCUAUUUUGAUCUAUACUAUCGCUCUCUGGCUCGCAUAUGCAACAGCCAGCUUGUCGUUCGACAGGAGCCAUUUGCAGCGCGGUCACUCUAUCGCCCCGCAUCCUCCAUUCAAGCCGUUUCCCCAGACACAUCCACGCACAAAGACAUGCAAGGUAAAAUCUCAUGGGGAUGGGUCCGAUGACUCGCACUUCAUUCUCUCUGCUUUGGAGAAAUGCAAUCACGGAGGAAGAGUUGUUUUCUCGAGCGAUGAAACGUAUACAAUCGGGGCGCCGUUGGAUCUGACGUUUCUGGACAAGGUUGAUAUCGUUAUUGACGGAGAGAUCAUCUUCACCAAUGAUACCGACUACUGGCAAGAAAACUCAUUCAAGUUUGACUUUCAAGACUCGACCACCUUUUUCAAGCUUGGCGGCCACGAUGUCAACGUGUACGGAGACGGCGAGAUCAACGGUAAUGGUCAGGCUUGGUAUGAUCUGUUUGCUUCCAACAAGACAAUCCUGCGGCCGAUUCUCAUCGGUAUCUUUGGGUUAGAGGGCGGCACGAUUGGUCCUCUCAAGUUGAGAUAUAGUCCGAUGUGGUAUAUCUGGGUCAGUGACUCUCAGGAUGUCAUAUUCGACGGGAUUGAUAUCACCGGAUUCAGCAAUAACAAAAACACAGCCAAGAACACCGACGGUUGGGACACUUAUAGGAGCGAUAAUAUUGUCAUUCAGAACUCAGUGAUCAAUAACGGGGACGACUGUGUCUCUUUCAAGCCCAACAGUACAAAUGUGCUGGUUCAAAAUCUGCAUUGCAAUGGCUCGCAUGGGAUAUCGGUAGGCUCGCUGGGGCAGUAUAUUGGCGUCACCGAUAUAGUUGAGAAUGUGCUUGUAUCGAAUGUCGCAAUGUCAAAUGCAUCGGAUGGUGCAAGGAUCAAAGUAUGGCCGGGCGCGGAUCCGACUUCGACUGCGACUGAUGUCGGCGGGGGCGGUGGAUAUGUACGCAACAUCACAUAUGACGGGAUGACGGUUUCGAACGUCGAUUACGCGAUCGAGAUCACGCAGUGCUAUAUGCAAAAGAAUUUCACAGCUUGUAGUCUGACUACGGCGAGCCUGAUCAUUGAGGAUAUAUGGUUCAAAAACUUCUCUGGCACGACGUCCUCAAAGUACGGUGAGGUUGUAGGAACUCUGGUCUGCUCCAGUCCUGAUGUCUGUAAUGAGAUAUAUGCGGAGAACAUAAGCGUUGUUAGCACGGCUGGAACGGACUUGUACACGUGCUACAACAUUGACGAGAGUGAACUUGGGCUGGAGUGCGAGGCGCCUUGA